GAAUUUCUUCAUGGCCCACUUGUAGGAUGACAAAAAAAAUGACACACAUCUCCAAAAGCGAAAAAUCUAGACAGCAGUCAUACGACAGCGUGAUGGAUGGAGACGAAAGCAACCAGAUAUCUGCUAAUGUGUUUGAGUGGACUAAGCAAGGAAACGCAGCGGCUCUGGAGAAAAACUCCAGGUAUCUGGACACACGCGACAACAUUGGUGCCAGUCCACUGCACUACGCUUCAGCCAACGGGCACUUCCGCAUCAUUAGACAUAUCGUGCAGAUCGUUGGACACCAAGAGCUCAAUGUGAGAGAUGAGGAGGGAAACACACCUCUUCACUGGGCCGUGCAGAAGGAUCAGCCCGGGAGCUGCUCUGUGCUUCUGUCUCUGGGAGCAGAUCCAAACGUCCUCAACAACAGCCACCAGGCACCCAUUCAUAUGGCAGUCAGUCUGGGCAAAAACUUUGUCUUAGAGCAACUUGUGUCACAUAAACAAACUGAUGUGAACCUGGAGGGAGAUUUGGGAAACACUCCUGUUAUUUUAUCCGCUGCUUUGGACAACCAUGAGGCCCUGGGUAUAUUGUACAAGCAUGGUGCAAAGUUUUGUCGUCAGAACAACCUUGGACAUUUUCCAAUUCAUGCUGCUGCUUUUUCUGGAGCUAAGAAAUCCAUGGAGGUCAUUCUCCUGAAAGGAGAAGAAGCUGGUUUGUCCAUUGACGCCCAUAUAAACUAUGUGGAUAAAUCUUGCAGCAGCCCACUUCACCUGGCUGUGCGUGGAGGAAAUCUGGACAUCAUUAAACUCUGCAUUGGAUACGGAGCCAAAAUUGAUCAGCAGCAGUGUGAUAAAUCCACUGCUCUCCACUUUGCAUGUAGUCAAGGUGCCACUGAGGUUGUUAAAAUCAUGCUUUCGUCUUACCCUAAAGUGUGUGAUCUUAUCAACAUAACUGACGGGGCCAACCAGACGCCACUACACAAAGCAGUGAUUUUUGACCAUUUCGAACUUUCAGAGUAUCUUAUGUCACAGGGUGCCAACAUUGACUUUGUUGACUGCAAAGGCCAUUCUCCACUCCUUCUGGCAACAAGUUGCGGAGCAUGGAGAACAGUUAAUCUGCUUCUGUCCCAUGGAGCUGAUCUGACAAAAAAAGACAAAUCUGGAUGCAACUUCUUGCACCUGGCCAUCCUGCAGCCCAGGGGACUAAAAAACCUGCCCACAGAGGUACUGCAGCAUGAGAGUGUACGAGAGCUGCUUAAUGAUGAGGAUAUUGAGGGCUGUACGCCUCUCCAUUACGCCUGCAGACUGGGAAUACCUGACUCCGUCAAGAACAUGCUGGGACUGGAGGUCUCGCUGGACCAGAAGUCCAAAGAGAAGAAAUCUGCACUUCAUUUUGCAGCUGAGUUUGGGAGAAUCAACACGUGCCACAGGCUCCUGGAGAUGGUGACGGACACCAGGUUGCUGAAUGAGGGGGAUGAGAAGGGUCUGACGCCGCUUCAUCUGGCCUCUCGCGAGGGACACGUUAAAGUUGUCGAGUUGCUCCUGCGCAAGGGGGCGCUGUUUCACAGUGAUUACAGAGGUUGGUCAGGUCUGCAUCAUGCUGCAUCUGAAGGAUACACACAGACCAUGGACACUUUGCUGACAUCUAACAUCAAACUUCUGAACAAAACUGAUGGAGAUGGGAACACAGCUCUACAUUUGGCUGCUAGAGCUGGUCAUGUAGCAGCAGUGCGAUUGCUGUUAUACAGAGGUGCCAAGAUAAUCCUCAACAAAAACGAUGCUUCUUUCCUGCAUGAGGCUGUGCAUAACGCAAGGAGGGAGGUCACCAACAUGGUGAUCGAGAGCGACAGAUGUGAAGAGGCCAUGACAACGUACAAACCAAACUCAACGAAACGCUGCAUUGUUAUGGACAUGAUCGAGUUUCUUCCAGAGUCCUUUAAACAUCUUCUAGACACUUGCAUAAGGGAAUCCGAGGAAGAUGUUAACUGCACAAAUUACUAUAUUGAGUACAAUUUCAGGUGGCUUCAGCAUCCACUACAAAACCUUAAAAAAACAGGCAUGGAAAAAGACAUGGCAUACAAACCUCUCAGCGCACUAAAUGCUAUGGUGAAUUUUAACCGUGUCAAUUUGCUCACCCAUCCAGUGUGCAAGAAAUAUUUGGAGAUGAAGUGGAGUGCCUAUGGGAUCAAAGCACACCUGCUCAAUAUGACUGUUUAUGCACUUGGGGUCUUUCCUUUAACAUACCUCAUUGUGAAUCUGAAGCCCACACUGGUCACGUCCAGAAACGUCACAUCAGUCAACAUGGUCUGCACAUCCCUCUACAAGCAAUCCUACCUGACAACAUCAAGCAUGCUGCUGGUUCUUGCAAUGAAUAUGUAUGCAGUGGGGAAAGAGAUCCUGCAAAUGUUUCAACAGCGGCUGAAUUAUUUGCGGGAUUUGUCGAACUACAUGGACUGGGCGGCUGCGAUCUGUGCUCUGCUGUUCGUGGUGCCGCUGCUGAUGAAUCUGAAGAGCUCGUGGCACUGGCAGGCUGGUGCGCUGGCAGCCCUGACCUCCUGGCUCAAUCUGCUCCUCUAUCUCCAGCGGUUUGAACGGAUUGGUAUUUAUGUGGUGAUGUUUCGAGAGAUUUCACGGACACUGCUGAGCAUUAUCGUUUUGUUUUUUUACCUGAUAUUGGGAUUUGCUUUGUCCUUCUAUGCCUUGAUGAUCGAACAGCAACAUUUUGGAAGGAUGUUCCUAUCACUGCUGCAGACCUUUGUCAUGAUGGUAGGAGAAAUGAACUACCAGGACAACUUCAUGAAGCCCUACCUGCAAGGAGAUCUUCCUUUCCCUGAUUUGACUUUGGCAAUAUUUGUGUGGUUUGUCUUACUUGUGCCUAUCCUUCUCAUGAACCUUCUGAUUGGUUUGGCUGUUGGUGACAUAGCAGAGGUUCAGACAAACGCCUGCUUAAAGAGGAUUGCAAUGCAGAUUGAGCUCCACACUAACCUGGAGGAGAGGCUUCCUUAUUGGUUCAUGAAGCGGGUGGACCAGGUCACUAUCAGAGAAUACCCAAACAGAUGCUUCAGCGGAAAGAAAAGAUGGUUUUUCGGAGGGAAUGAGGUGAAGUCCAGGACCCGUCUCGGUCCUACCUUCCACCAGUUAACUCCACUGGAACGAGAGCUAACCAAACAGAAAUACAGGCUGAAGGAGAUUUCAGAGACCAUGGAAAAGCAACACAACCUGCUAAAGCUGAUAGUGCAGAAGAUGGAGAUCAGUUCAGAGGCCGAUGAACACGACGGACCCCCAGUGUUUCAGGAGCUGAAAGAGAAACUCCUCACCAAAAGCAAAUGGGGUCCUCUGCUCAGGGCAGUGACUGCCAGAAAGAAGGGAAUCUGCAGUUUCGGAAAAACUUAAUAAACACAGCACUGCUUGAACAGAGCUGCGCUAUUUACUCAUAAACAGUAGCUACGUUUCCAUCCACCUAUUAUGUCCAUUUUGGAUAUGCGCAUAAAAAAAUAAAUAAAAUUGAUUGAUGGAGAUGCCAAGAUGCGCAUAAACUUUGAAAAUGCACAUAAAAAACAAUUGUGCAUAACUGAAUAGGAUAAACUUUUUAUUCGAUGAGAAGAAAUGCGCAUAACCUACGAUGGAAACACUUUUACCAAACAAAUUCUGCAUUAACACGCAUUAAAAAAAGUCAUGUGAUGAAAAUGUGUGUGAAUGGAUAAACAAGCAGGCUGAGCACAUUGUAAAACAUCUGAAAUGUUGUUUUGGUCAUUCUAAAACGCCGUAAACAUUUCAGUAUUAAUGUUAUUAUAUUAUUAAUGACCUCCAGAAUCAAGAGCGCCCGCGUCUUACACCUUUAAAUGCCACUGCGUGGCAGGAUUGUCUUCUGAGGCGCAAGUCAUUUAUUAAAUGAAGAAAAGAUUCAUGCAGCUUCUCUUAUCGCAGCAAAUUCCAAUUUUACUGUUGCUAUUUGGAGCCAGAUAAUUCAGGAAGUGAUGAUUUUGUUUCGCUUUGACUGAUUGGAUGGAAACGUUGCUUUAUUCUCAUAUAUCGUUAGUGAUAAUCCAGUUUUGCUCAUAAAGUUAAUUGCAUUUUUGGAUGGAAACAUAGCUAGUGAUGACAUGGCUUAUAUUUCUCAGUAUGACCUACGAAGCUUAAACCAAAUACCAACAUGUCGUGUUUUCAGUGUUAUAUAAUCAGAAUUACUAGAAAUUCAACCAAAGAUGGAAAAAGCUAUGUAAACCGGUUGUGUGCAAUCAUUAAUAAAUCAAUCAUGCAAACGAGAAAUGCUCAGAUUUGCAUUGAAACUACUCAUCUUUUUAUUUAAGUAUCGGUCACAGUUCUUCAAAGCAGAUGCUUGUUUACUAUUUGUAAUGAUUAGUAGAGGCAAAAAAAAAAAAAAA